GUACAUAUCAAAACCGGGGCAGAUUCAUAUCAUAACAUGCAUAUAAAAAGACUGUCGGUUGCAAGGAUAACAGCCUGUUUCUGGUCAAACCUGCUUUCUCUGCCGGUCAAAGAAGGCUUCCGUGCAUCAUCCUUUCUUUUCAAUCGAGAUCAUAACGUGCUAUCUGCGAAUUGAAGAUGCAUUUCAACACGGUCUUCUUAACAUUAUUAGGUCUCAUCGCUGCUACAUGUGCGGUACCGUUGACAUUAACUGCAGCCAAUGUCGAAUCUAGGUCUCUAAAACCGACAACUGCGUUAAUCAACUUCGAAAAAUUUAGCCCCAGUACGAAGUCAAAUUCCGUGGACAAUGCUGCUCGAGCCGCAGUGAAUGCGCUAUUAUUAAAGGCCUCAGAAGCCCUCGGGUACUCCAGGAUAUUCAGCUGGUUUCGAGAGUCAGAAAUUUAUGAUGGUUCGUUAAAGGAGAUACGAUUUGAGAUCACUAGGCUACCUCAGUGUAAACCCAAGUGUUCAGCGGAGGUUGUGAGUGACGGACACAGAGGUUUUACUAGUGGAGAGAUAAAGGAUGCAGAGGGGUCAGUGAUAUAUCCAAAAGCUAAGGUCUAAAGUCGAUGAAUUCAUAGCCAGCAUUGAGCAUUAGGUUGGCUUCAAUGUCACUUUUCUUUCAUGGACAUGUGGUAGUGGAUAUGUACUGGAUACUUUUUUGUACAUUGAAAUGAAUC